CUGAAUGCAGCAUUGGGUUUGGGCUACACCUCAAACGCUUUCAAGAUGCUAAAUGAAAAUACGUUAUUUUGGCAUCUAUGUGAAGAACAACAACUGAUCACAAACUCUGUAUAGCACUGUUGACUCAGAAUGGAUGAAGAAGCUCAGAUGCAAACCAGAUGCCAUAUUUUGGACUUGCCCUGGGAGGAUGUUCUUGUUCCACAUAUUUUAUGCUUUCUGUCACUGCAACACCUUGUGAGCCUGCAGAGGGUGAGCAGGCAGUUCCACAGCCUCAUCCAGGUGUAUCUGGCCAACUGCAGGACUUUUGAUCUGUCCUCGAUUGGACCAUCAGUUCCCAAGGAAGCGUUUUGCUCCAUGUUAAAGGACAACAAAGUCCUCCACAGCCUGUGUCUUUCCAGUUGUUCUGAAUGGGUGACAGACAAGGAGCUGCUGCCAGUUAUCGGCCAGAACCAGCACCUGCAGAGAGUGGACAUGAGCAGCUGUGUUGGUCUCACCCGUCACUCCCUGGUGGCUGUGUCCUUGAGCUGCAUGCACCUCCAGCACCUCGGCCUGGCGCACUGCGAGUGGGUGGACAGCCUGUCGCUGCGCAGCCUGGUGGACCACUGCGGGGGUCUGCAGUCGAUCAACAUCACGGCCUGCCGCCAGCUCAAGGACGACGCCAUCUGCUACAUGGCCAAGAAGUGCUUGAAGUUGAGGUCUUUAUCCCUGGCAGUCAACGCCAAUGUCACUGACGAGUCGGUGGAGGAGGUGGCCAAAAACUGCAGGGGCCUGGAGCAGCUGGACCUGACAGGCUGCCUGCGGGUCAGGAACCAGUCCAUCAGGACUCUUGCCGAGUAUUGCCCGAAGCUGCAGUCCCUGAAGGUGAAUCACUGUCACAAUGUGACAGAGUCCAGCCUGGACCCUCUACGGAAGCGCAAUGUAGUGAUAGAUGUUGAGCCGCCCCUACAGAGGGCUCUGGUGCUUCUUCAGGAUGUGCUGGGGUUUGCUCCCUUUAUCAAUCUCCAGAUAUAGGCAAAGGGCCAUCACAGGUGUCUUCAUCAACAUCACAUGUGCACGUGAGUUGUUCUAAGAAACGUCAAGAUGUUUUACACUCAAGUUUAAAAAUAAUGUGGACAAAGAAUCUCAGUGGAAUGUGAUCAAAGAUGCAUAUUGAGGAUGAAGCUGAAAAUAAGUCUACAUUUGAAAAGACUGAAGAAAGCCAUGUACUUUUAAGAAUUGAUGUCUCAUGUCCAAAAGAUGUCACUGCACUUUCAUUUAGUGUUUUCAUAAUGUGGCUUUAUAGAGAAGCAGAUAUAGCCAUAGUAAAGUGAAUUGUUUUGUUGUUUUUUAACCAAAGUUUACUUUGACCAUAUGACAUUGUAAGAAACAAUUAUUUUAUGUUUCAUUUAGGAGCAUUACAAAUGUUUGAGUUUAAUUAAACAUUUCAUUUUGCAUGUUUAUGACGGUUUAAAGGAUAAAUUCACCCAGAUCACGCAGAAAACAUUUUCUCACUUACGAUUUUAUGUGUCCAUGUUUUUAUUAUCUGCACCACUGAGUCUUCUGAUUUUACCACAAUACAGUGAAGAUAAAUGCAAUGUUGUUAGUGGUGCUGUCUAGUGUCUUCCAGAAACGAUCCACAGACUUCUCUGUGAACCCUUUUUAAUUGUUUCCUAAUGCAAACUGUGUUGCUCUCAGUAACACCAAAACUAUCUGCAUGGCUAAAUGCAGAGAUUUGUGAGAGAAAUGUUUUCAAAAUGUGGUGAUGCGGGUGAAGUACCCCUUAGAACCAUACCGUUAAUCAACCCAUUUCUUUUCUUUUAAUUAAGAAUGGGUUUUUAUUAAGAAACAUUCCCGUUUAACACUUGAAAUGUAUUUUGUAAAAAGUACCUAAAUAUCUGUUGCCUAACAAAGCACUUGGAGGAUGUAAGAAAUAUUAAAUUCCAAAAUAUCAUAAGAAUGGACUGUUGUCAAUAUACUACUAUAUAAAUCUUCUUCAGUGUAACAUCUGGAUGCACAAUCCAUCCGUUUCUCCUAUAAUGUUGAAUCCAACACCUCAAAGAACACAUCUAAAACCAAUGCUCUCUUUUGUUUUCAAAUUUAGAAUUUUUAAAAUAGCUUUUUUUUAAGGAAACAUGCGGGCAGAGCCUUGUGUUGCUUAAAACUACCAACUCUACUGAUUUCAUGUAACAAAUAAAAUAAAACAUAGAAUUAUAUAAUCACAUUUAUAAAGAGAGGUGUUACUGUGGCUCCCUUUUCAACACCUGUUAGGAAAAGUAAGUGUUGUUUCUCAAAGACCAAAAAAGUUAGUUUUUUUAGGAAUAACUUUGUGUUUUCAACAAGAAAAUAGUGACUAAUGAGUCCUACUUUUUUAAUUUGAGCUUUCUUAAUAGAUGAAAAUGAAAAAAAAUGGCCCAUAACUUUUAACUUUCUCCUGUAAUUCCUUUUAAUUCCAAGUGUAAGAGGUUACUGUCAAAACAUUGCAGUGGUGGAGCAAAAGAUGGCUCUUUAUCUGUGUUGUGACUCAAAGUGACACAAGGUGGCAGCAAUGAGUCAGGAAAUGUGUCUAUUUUAAUUCUGUUUGAGAGAUUGCAUGACUUCAACACUACAUCCAAGAAAAGUAGUAGUUUACAAUGUUAAAUAGGUCCGAGCACAUCACCUGUGUAAAUACUUUGAAUGUCUUUUUCUAAUAUUUAAAGAAGAAGUGUUCAAAACUAAUGUUUGAUGGUUUGGGGGAUUGUGAAUAUAAACAGCUUUACGAUAGUUUAACACCGGAUGCAGUGAAUGCACAAUAAGAAUGAAUGCUUCCCCUUGUUCAACAUCCAUGGUACAGUUUCCUCUGGUGGUCCGAUUGGCCGAUAUAUUGUAACUCUCCUCUGCGACAGCACAACAGGUCUAUUUUCCACUUGAUGGCAUGGUUUACCCCAUCUGCUGCGUGCUGUCCACAAAGCUGCGUUUGCACCAACAGAGAGUUGUGUUUGGAGGGCUUCAGGGAUCGACCAGCGUCCUUCUGUUAGCUGUGCUCAUCAUCAUAUUGUACCGCUGUGCCUCCGAAGACACAUCACAGUGUCAUUAGUUAUAAAGUCAAUCUUGAAAUUUCAAUUCUUAAAGCAUAUCAUGCAGUAAACACUCUUUUAAAUAAAAAUGAGCACGUU